UUGUAUUUCAGUCAAGGGAGAUUAGAGUUGCUUGGAGAGUGGAGAGCUAAAAGUGGUGUUUUCUUGAUUGGCUAGACAAAUUUGUCAUUCGCCUCUAAGUUCUUUGCUUUGGUUCCACGUACUAAAAGGUAGUUUCGCUAUUUUAACAUAACAUUCAAUAUGCAACUCUUUUUAAAUUUUGAGCAACUGAAAUAUGAAGAAGAAGUUAUUGGCUUUGUUCUUAUUAUAAAACACUUUCCGGACUAAUUUCAGCUAUUAUCUUUGUUUUAACAAAGCAAUGUCCUCAGUUAUGCAUGUGAACUAUUUUGAUUUAUUUGAUAAUCACAAGUUAUGUUCCAUUUUUCUUUCAAGUGAAAAGGAGAGAGCACUUCUGCUAUUAUUGUAAUGACUGGAGAAGCAGAGAAAAACGUUUCUCCCUAUAUGGUCAUAUCUAUGACUUGGGCCUAACUAUCUUUAACAACCUUAUCUCCUAGACUAACAUAAGGCUCUCAAGGGUUCUGAUAACGUGGUACUGCUAUAUGUGUAUCACUAACAGCCCUCCCCAAGUUUAGAGAGCACUCAGCUAUGGAUGAGGCCCUUUAGUCAAUCCUGGACAUACAGAUUUGAAACUUUUGUUUUUGUCAUACAGGUCCAACCUGGACACACGAUCCUCGUACAUGCAGCAGCUGGUGGAGUCGGAUCCCUUUUAUACCAGUGGGCUAAUGCCCUUGGUGCCACUGUCAUCGGAACUGUGCCAACUCAAGAGAAGGCAUCUCAAGCCAAGGAAGAUGGCUGUCACCAUGUCAUAAUCUAUAAGGUUGAGGACUUUGUUGCUCGUGUGAUUGAAAUAACAUCUGGCAAUGGGGUUGAAGUUGUCUAUGAUUCUGUAGGGAAGGAUACGUUUGAGGGAUCACUGAGAUGCUUGAAGUUUCGUGGAUACAUGGUGAGUUUUGGGCAGUCAUCAGGUGCACCAGAUCCGGUUCCUCUAUCAGCUCUUUCAGUGAAGUCACUGUUCUUGACCAGGCCUACCCUCUUCCAUUACACAGCUACUCGAGAUGAAUUAUUAGAGAAUGCAGGAGAGGUAUUUGCUAAUGUUGAUAAAGGUACAUUGCGGGUUCGAGUAAAUCACACCUACCCAUUGUUGGUUGCUUGGAUUAUGUCAAGGUUGUCCAGAAUGCUUGAAAUUUUGGUUGCUGUUGUUUUACAUGUCUUUUGUUGAACAAUGACAUGUAUAUGUAUUUGGUAGGUUGUUCAGUUGAAACUUUGUUCUAUGGAUUUGGUAGGACAUGAGUU